AUGGUUGAGCAAUGCAUUCUCCCUAUUUGUUUGAGGAAAACGUCCAAUGGUGUCACAAACUUCGAACCACUGGUUUUGGAGGUUGAGCUCUACUACGGACUCUGGGGUCAGAAGCUCCAGCAAGUCAAGGCUUGGGAUCGACGAUUUUGCAACAUACCAAGACUGAAUCAGUGGCUGCUUAAUUGUACUGACCAACACGGCCAUCAAUGCAACGUGCCGGUAUCACAGACGCAGUUGCCAGCUGGCUUCCGACUUAUCGACACCACUCUUCAGUGCGUGGCGAGGGUGAAGGACGUAGCCGACUUUGUAGCAUUGAGCUACCAAUGGCGCACUGCGACAGCAUACAAAGAUAGGGAUCUUCAACUAACGAAGGCCAAUGUGGAAGAGUUGGAGAGGCCUUACUGUUUGCGAGACUCCCUGAUCCCUGAGGUUAUCAGUGAUGCGAUGCAGCUGUGCCGCGAAAUUGGCCGCCGGUAUCUAUGGGUGGACCGGAUGUGCAUUGUUCAAGACGAUGAGGGUCUUAAAGUCUCUCAAAUUCAGGCCAUGGACACAAUAUACCAGCAGGCCUUUGUCACCAUUGUUGCCUGUGCUGAUGGGGUCGGCGCUGGACUACCCGGACUAUGCUGCAGACCUCGAAGACAAAACCUAAAGAAUAGAUGGUGGAAUUUCGGCAUCGAUGGACACUACGUCGGAGCCAGCAUGGUUAACACCACCCAGGUUGUUGACAGUUCUGAAUGGAACACAAGAGCUUGGACAUACCAGGAAAGGAUUUUGAGUCGCCGGCAUAUCUUUUUUAGCGACGUGGACGUCUUCGUCAGUUGCUUCCACGUCAGCUCAAGACUCGAUGUUGGGGAAGCCGAGCAUGAUUAUAACCUACGCCGAGAUCUCCAGUCAAAUGGCCACGGAUUUGAGACGGGUCUUCGACGAGACGAAUCCUACUAUGGAGGUUUCAUUGAGAUGUACGGGGUGUUGACAGAGACCUACACUCGUCGAAUAUUGAGUUAUAGAGCCGACAUUCUCAACGCCUUUGAUGGCGUAUGCAGGCUUUUCUGUUCCUUGACCAACACCGUUAUGCUCUUUGGAAUUCCAGAGCGUUUCAUGCUACAGGGGCUUCUCUGGGGCCACGAAGGGACAAAAGGUCUGGCGACGGAACCACUCGGGCUGCCCACCUGGACCUGGGCGGCGUGGGAAGGACAAGUCAACUUCAGAGACCACCCCUUAAGGUUCUUGCAGCCCCUCAGCCGCUUCCACUUUGGCAACCUCGUUUCCAUAUUCUAUUGUGACCAGGACAGAGGGGUUUCGCGCUUGAGACCGCUGGAAGAGGAAAGAUUAUGGUUCAACUCACAGCCCUUGGAAGGAGGGCACGCCAAUGCAGCACAGCAAGUACUCUGGAACACAACCAACAAAAGCAGGGCUGGCGAUGACCCGGUCGCUGUGUGGACCAACUGUGUCCAUGGACCCCUCAACGCCCUCGAGCACGUUGAUAUUGACGACAUAACUCGAGCAAGGGCGGAAGCGCACCCUCACUGCCUCGCCUUCAACACCACAGUGGCCUCGCUUCGUCUUGGCCUCCUGCCUUCGGAUGAAGAGGACAACGGGACGGAUACUCACAUUCGAAUGGGAAUUUACAGCCAACAGGGCGGGCUAGUCGGGGAAACCGCAUUAAUGGACCGAAGAUGGGCCCAGAAGCAGUUCGAUGCGGAAGCCUACCACGUAUUCGCUCUGGCCGCAGGUCACAUGUUCAAAAGUGCUGACAGAGAAGAAGUGUUUUUCUCGGGGAAAUACCCCUUCUUUCGGCCUCGCGAGCCCUGGAGUAUUAUUGUCAUGAUCGCAUCUAGGGAAGGUCCCUUCUACUCGCGUCUGGCCCUGGGGAGGGUUAGUCCUGCGACUUGGACAAGCGUGAACCCGCGAUGGGAGCCGGUCAUCUUGGUAUGA